UUUUUUUUUUUUUUAAAUACAUAAUUCAUAAACAAUGGCUAGCAUUGAAACCGAGCCUCUUCGAACUGUUCAACUUGACGGCUUGGUCGUUUUGAAGAUCAUUAAGCAUUGUCGCGAAUCUUAUCCUAUUGACGUUACUGGUCAACUUUUAGGUUUAGAUGAUAAGGGUGUUUUAGAAGUCACCAAUUGUUUCCCUUUCCCUGCUGAUGGUGAUGAAGAUGCUAGUGCCCAAUAUCAACUUGACAUGAUGCGAUGUCUUCGUGCUGUUAAUGUCGAUAAUAACACUGUAGGUUGGUAUCGUUCUGCUCAUUUAGGCAAUUUUGUCGAUCUUAGUUUGAUCGAAACACAAUAUAGCUAUCAAAAUUCCCUUAGUGCUCAAUCUGUUGUUCUCAUUCAUGAUGUUUCUAAAAGUGCUGCUCAAGGUAAUUUGAGCUUGAGAGCCUUUAGAUUACAAGAUAAUUUUAUGAAGGCUUAUGAGUCCAAAAAGUUCACAACUGAAAGCCUAGCUCAAGCUAAAUUAUCCUUUUCUAAUAUUUUUGAAGAAUUACCUGUAGAAGUUCACAACUCUCAUUUAGUCACCCUUAUGCUUCACAACAUUGAAAUGCCCAAGUUGGAAGCGAGUCGCCUUCGUUCACUUUCAACAUUUGCCAACCAACAAAAGGAAUUUGAAGAAGCUAGACCUUUGGCACCUAACUUUGAUGUGCUUGAAUUGGAACUCGAUCCUUUCAUGCAAAAGAACUUACAAUAUCUUUUGGAUUGUGCUGAUGUUCACCAACAAGAACAAAAUAAUUAUCAAUACUGGCAACGAACUGUUGCUCGUGAACAGGGCAAGAUGCAAGCCUGGUUAGCUAAACGAAAGCAAGAGAACGCGCAACGAGCUCAAAAUGGACAACCUCCUUUACCUGAAGAUGAAGUCAAUACUUUGUUUAGAUUACCUCCUGAGCCUAGUCGUUUGGAUUCAAUGAUAUUGAGUGCUCAAAUGCAUAACUUUACUAAACAAAUUAAUCAAUUUGCUGGUCCUAGUCUUGCUAGAUUGUACAGUACUCAAGAAUUACAGAAAUAAAUAAAUAAAUAAAAAAAAACACUUGUUUAAUAUAAUAUAUACAAUUUAAUAAAGAAGAAGAAAAAAAAAUAAAAGAAGAAAAA